AUGCAUAAAAUAGGGAAAGAUAUGGAAAGAGAAAGAAACGGAGAAAUGAGCGAGUGGAGUGGAAAUAGCAGUAGUAAUGUGCAGGGAAAGGGUGGAUAUGAUGUAGUGGGUGAAGAAGGGGGUGGAAGAGAGAGCAGCUGGGAGAGGUGUGAUACAGAGGAUUUGGGGAGUAAGGAGGAGUGCCUGGAGAGUGAUGGAGAAGAUAGAAAUGGCGGAAAUAAAGGUGUGCGUGAUGUGGGAAUACAGGUAAAUGGAGAUAUAGGGGGCAAGGAGGUGGUAGUUUAUGUUAAGAAAGAUGUGCGGGAAAAUGAUGAGGAACAGGUUAACAAAGAAAAUAGUGAACAUGGUGGUAACGAGGGUAAAAGUACCAGUGAAAUGGUGGGUGAGCGUGGUAGCAAGGAGGAACGUAUUACUUUAAAGGACGAGGAAAACGAGGACUUAACGAACGUAAUGAGAAGUGAUGGAAAUGAAGAAAUGAAUAAAAGAAGGAAAAUUAAAGAGAAUGAUGGGGCAAGCAAGAACGAUGAAAUGACCAAAACCGCUGAGGCAAGCAAGAACGAUGAAAUGACCAAAACCGCUGAGGCAAGCAAGAACGAUGAAAUGACCAAAACCGCUGAGGCAAGCAAGAACGAUGAAAUGACCAAAACCGCUGAGGCGAGCAAGAACGAUGAAAUGACCAAAACCGCUGAGGUAAACACCGUCAAUUCCAAUGAAAGUAGCAGUCAUGUCCCUGCACACAUAAAAAGUGAGAGAAAACGUACGGUCAUCAACAUGCACAUCACAGAUCACUCCGAUAGCACAAACAGCAUGCGCAACAAUCAACCAACCAUAACUUCGUACGAUUACAGUUGUUACGGCAAUUGCUGCGGAAACGAUGGCAGGACGAACAGGAACGAGAGCAAUAAAUGCGUGAAAAAGGGCAAUAGCGGCAAACGAUACGUAAUCUUAAGCACGAACGAAACAUUCACGAAGAGCAACGAUGAGCACAGGAGCGGCACAUUCCUCAUCAACAGCAUAAACGAGCAGCGGUACCUGAUGUGGUGCGAGAUUGCCAUUGUGUACGAAAUGAUGGGCAAUCUCAAAAUGUACGGGCACGCGAUUGAAAACGCGCUCAAAAUACGGAGCGGAGUGGAGGCACUUAUCAUAUACAGCAAGCAUAGGUACGUCAGUGAAAACAUGCACACAAACCACAGCGUGAGCAUCGCAUACUUUAACACGUGGGUAAGGGAGCACAGGAGAACGGGUCUUUCCAUUCUUUUGGAGUGCUACGCGUUGAUGCGCGAUGCGCAGAUUCACAAGUUUGAGAGGAAGUACAAUGAACUCAGGAAAUGUGGGCGUAUGCUUGAGAACGAGGUGCUUAAGAUUGAGAACACCGGCUAUGAUCCAUGUCAGUGUGUAGGUCCUACAUUCUCUGCGUGCAAAGACAUCAUUGCUUUGAAACAUGCCAGUUCGUGUACGCAUGACAAUGCUGCUGGCUCUUCUCCUAGUGCACACAGCAAGGAGAACUGCAUAAAUAACGAAUGCAUAGAUUUCUUUUCCGAUACGUACAAUACGGAUGGCAAGAAAAUGAACAAUGCUACAAUACUUGACCUGAAGGACAAGCAGUACGAUGAGAUACGUUCUUUAAAUGUGAAUGAAAUUGUUUAUGGCGAGUUGACCGGUAGUAAUGAAGUACAGAGCAAAGAAAUUGGUACUGGGAGUGAAAUACAGAGCAAAGAAAUUAGCAACACGGGCAGCAGUACAACAGAUAAUAGUACAAAAAAUGGUACGGAGGAGAGCAAGACCGAUCUUUUAAACGGUACUAGUACGGAAGAUAGAGUUGAGCAUGGUUCUGUACGUAUAGAUGGCAAUGAUUCGAAGGGUACAGAUCAAGGGAAUGGCACGGACGGGGGAGUUGGCAACGAUCAAAGCGCUUUUCCGAGCAAAUCUGAUCAGGGACUGCCGGACAAGAAAAAUAACGAUGACCAAACGAGCUGCACAUGCAGUUCAUCAAAAACUCCUGCCCACAACUUCUACGUGCUCAACAAGCACUUCCUGCUAUUUUACCUUUCACUCGUGGUCCUGUACUACGAACGGACCAACAGGUUGCAUCUGUCGUACCGCCACAUCAUAAAAUACCUCUCUCACUCGUACAAGCAGGGUGAGCGGUUGGUAAUGCUCUUCAGGCUCUCGCUCAUUCUCAAGCAGCGCAAAGAUUUUAAACCUGCAAAGCGUAUCCUUAACGUGCUCAAAAUCCUCUUAGAACGCAAAAUGUGCACGAUAAACGUGCUAGACGUGCAUGCACAGCUUGCACAUCUGCACUUUGUGCAUGGUGCUGUUGGUAAGUGUUUAAAGCUGGUGAACACUAUCCUGCACGUUGAUCCGCAUCAUCUGUUCAGUAGUGUUCUGAAAAUGGAGUGCCUGUUCAACACAGACGUGGUGAGAUGUGCCAAGUACUGCGCAAACAUGGUAGGACGGGUCGUACAAAGCGAGUAUUUCCUGAUGCGCUGUUAUUUCGCUAUGGGCAUGUUUGAGCAGUGCCUUGACAUCUACAGGAGCAGGAAGAGAGGCGAGUACAUCACAGAGAGCACAGAUCACCGUUCACGUACUCGUUACCGUACAGAAAUCGACAAGUACUUCGCCAAUACGAUCGGUAUCGUGUACUUUAACCUUAAAGACAUGCCGAACAGCCUGGCAGCAUUCACAAAAGCCCUUUCAAUCGAUAACGAUUUCAGAGAGGCAAAGCACAACCUUGCAUUCGUGCAGCACACCACCAAUUCGCUAACUGCCAAAGAAUUUAAUGUUUAUGCUUCUGAAAAGACCGAGUUUAGGGAGGUAAUGCCUAGUGUGGGUGAUCCCGUGUUUCUACCUCCGUACCUUUUUAUAAAUUGUAUAAAUAAAUGAAGACAUACAUUCUAUCAUAGAUAAUACGUACGUAUUUUGCAGGAGUGGUGUGAUUAAAGAAGGUUUACUU